UGUAUGAGGCUGUUCUGUUGUAGGACUUGUAGUUGGCAUAUAGAGAAAGAGAGAUCAGAAGAAGAUGAGCUCUCUGCUUCCGACCUCCAACGUAGUUGGUGAUGAUGCAGCAAAGAAUCCUCCCACAAGUUCCAUGCGGCUUGAUCUUCCUCAGAAGCAUGGCGAUGUUGUCGAUGCCGGAGCCCUCUUUGUUCUUAAAUCCAAAGGAUCGUGGGUGCACUGUGGCUACCACCUCACAACCUCCAUAGUAGCUCCUCCACUGCUUAGUCUUCCAUACGCCUUCACGUUCCUGGGCUGGACAGGUGGUCUCAUCUGCUUGGUUGUUGCGGGCAUCGUCACCUUCUAUAACUACAAUUUAUUGUCCCUGGUUCUGGAACAUCAUGCUCAGCACGGCCACCGUCUGCUCCGAUUCCGAGACUUGGCUCACCACAUUUUAGGCCCAGCUUGGAGUCGGUUUUUUGUGGGGCCAAUUCAAUUCGCAGUCUGCUACGGCGCUGUUGUGGCCUUCAUGCUUCUGGGUGGACAAUGUAUGAAGGCAAUUUACGUGGUGGCAAACCCAAAUGGGAGCAUGAAGUUGUACGAAUUUGCGUUAAUAUUCGGAUGCUUGAUGCUAAUAUUGGCUCAGCUUCCAUCGUUUCAUUCGCUGAGGCACAUCAAUAUGGUGUCUUUGGUUCUCUGCCUCGCCUACAGUUUUUGUGUUACUGGCGCUUCCAUUUAUAUUGGUAACUCCUCCAAAGGCCCACCAAAGGAUUAUUCUCUGCCUGGCGAUACAGAGACUCGUCUGUUCGGAAUCUUCAAUGCUAUUGCCAUCAUUGCCACCACUUACGGAAAUGGAAUCAUUCCUGAAAUUCAGGCAACAUUGGCACCCCCUGUAAAAGGGAAGAUGUUCAAGGGACUGUGUGUUUGUUACUUGGUACUCAUAGUGACAUUCUUCAGCGUUGCAAUCUCUGGUUACUGGGCAUUUGGGAACCAUUCUGCUGGCCUCAUCUUAAACAACUUUGUUGAUCAGGGGAGGCCUUUGACGCCCAGGUGGUUUAUUUACAUGACCAACAUUUUCACCAUAGCUCAGCUUUCAGCUGUCGGGGUGGUUUACCUGCAGCCUACGAACGAAAUGAUGGAACGAAUAUUUGCGGACCCAAAAAGAGCAGAAUUUUCGAUGCGCAAUGUGAUCCCCAGAGUGAUUACUCGGUCAUUGAGUACUGCUCUGGCAGUUGUUAUAGCAGCGAUGCUUCCAUUUUUUGGGGACAUAAACGCACUCAUCGGUGCUUUUGGUUUCACUCCGCUUGACUUCAUCUUGCCUGCGGUUUUCUUCAACCUCACUUUUAAGCCAUCCAAGCGAAGUCCCAUUUUCUGGCUGAACGCCAUUAUUGCUGUCACCUUCUCUGCUUUGGGAGCUAUAGCAGCUGUUGCAGCAGUCAGACAAAUAGUCCUUGACGCCAAAUAUUACCGAUUGUUUGCUAAUGUAUAAUCUAUUAAUUAGGGGUCUUCAAUCUUCAUGGGAGGAAAAUCUCACAAUGCCUAUCCGAACCCACUAAAAGCAUACUCAGCCCAACCCCAAAAAAGCAGCUCAAACUUUUUAAAUAAUGUAAUCCGGUUGUUAUGAUGUUGUAAAAAGGACGGGAAUGCGUGUAAAUAAGAGAAGGCAAUUUUCAAGACGGCAAAA